AGUGGGCAGCUCGGCGGCGCGUGUGUCCACGUACAUGUGCAUUUGUAUUUACGCACGCGCCACGCUACGUGUGGGCAUGUCGGCGUGUGUGUAAACACGCAGUCCACCCGGCGCGCGGGUGCGGGCUGUGUGCUCCGUGUACACACACGUCGCCGUUUUGCAGAUGGUGCCCACGCGUGUACACACACGAGUGUACGGGUGCUGUGCUGGGAGCCCCACACUACAGCUACGAGUGUGCAUCUGUGCACCCCGCCCUAGAGGCGUGUUCGGGUGGCCUCCUCUGUGCUGCCAGAUGAAUUUACCUGCACAGUGCACGGCGUGGUUUACACGGUUCGGUGGCUUUUCGGUCAGCUGGGUAGGAGGUGGGGCUGCCCCAGUCAGGACCCCACCCACCAGGCCUCCCUGACCCACAGAACACUAGUGCCCACAUCUUGUGCUGCCAAGAGGCCACCUGGCUUUGCCUAGCUCAACUGCCCCAGAAAUAACCCAGGGUGGUAUCUAGGGAAGAGGCCAGAGUCCUUGAGCUCCACCCCUCACAGGUGUAAGGUCACAGCUUAGACGGUGUCUGUGCCCUGCCUGCCGGGAGCCUGGUUUCCUGAUGGGGAGCCAUCCCAGGAAAGGUGUUCGAGCCUGCAGGGGAUACACUGAGGACUCUAGGACUCAGCUUCUUAAGAAUGGGAUGGGGGAUCAGAAUUCCAGCCCAAAGGUUUGGACAGCCUGGGGAAGCAGUGGCCUAUCCAGCCAGGGGAAUCUUUGCUCACACCUUUCUACCCGCGCGCUCUCAGCAGGGACCGCCGACCCUGUGUGGUCUUCACACAAUGUGGGAGGUUGCUCUUUCUGGGCAAUUCCCUUUCCUCCUCUGGCCUCAGUUUCCUCCCUACUUCCAGCGUGGGAGUUGAUCUCUAGAGCCAGUGGCCACUCCCUUGUGCCCACCGCCCCCAGGGCCUGCAGCCCCACCCUGCAGGAAGCUCCCUAAACAGCCUGUUUGUCUCAAGGGCUAGAUGUGGCAAAACUUGCAAAACCACAUUCACGGCAGUUUGCUUGAGUCCCACAUCUGCACACAUGGCUCCCUCCCUGCUUGGGGCUGGGCAGGCAGGUGUCUGGUGGAAGGGCCUGGCCUGUCUGGACUCUCAGCCCAGCGCAGGGAGCCUGGCACCAGCUGGGCUGUCACUCAGCACGGGAUGGUGUCGCUCCACCACACGAAUUAAAAGUGUUGCUUUGAGGAUUGAAAUGCCUGGGGGAGACCCUGUCCCCAAGAGGGGCCGGAGCUGCCUGCAGAUUUGGUGGCCUCCUGAGACGGCCCUCAGCGCCUUUUUCCAGGAGACCAACAUCCCCUAUAGCCACCACCACCACCAGAUGAUGUGCACUCCUGCCAACACCCCCGCCACGCCCCCCAACUUCCCCGAUGCCCUCACCAUGUUCUCCCGUCUCAAGGCUUCUGAGAGUUUCCACGGUGGCGGCAGUGGCAGCCCAAUGGCCGCCACGGCCACGUCCCCCCCGCCGCACUUCCCCCACGCCGCCACCGGCAGCUUCGCGGCACCCAGCUGGCCGACCGCGGCCUCGCCCCCAGGGGGGCCACAGCACCACCAGCCACAGCAGCCGCCCCUGUGGACUCCGGCACCCCCUUCCCCAGCGUCAGACUGGCCGCCCUUGGCCCCCCAACAGGCCGCCUCAGAACCGAGGGCCCACCCCGCCAUGGAGGCCGAGAGAUAAGGGAGGCCCCUCCCCCCUCCCGGAGGCCAGGACCCUGUGGGGCGGGGGAGAGGAUGUCUCCGCGGGCCCCCUUCACCCUCCUCUGUCUGCACCCCCGUUCCCCGGAGCCCUGGAGGGGAGAGACCGGACCCUGGUGCCAGCACACAGGCCGCCCGCGCGCGAACACGGAGGCGCAGGCCCGCGGCACCCAGCUUGCAUGGAUGUGGUUCAGAGUCGUCUUGGUGCUGGUGGACGGAACUUCACAGAACAAGCAGCCUUCCCCAGAGGACUCGCUCGCCCUGCCCCACCCCAGGGGGCUGCGGAGAAUCGCCACAGCAGCGGAGACUUGGCUGGCUCCUGCCUUGGAGCUCCUUGGGGGCCAGCAGGCCUAGAUCCCCACCCUCGGGAAUGCAGAGCCUUCUCCGCAUGUGUGUGUGUAGCUGUGUAUGUAUUUAUAUGUAUGUCGCUCCUCAAGACGCAACCUAGUUUACGGGGCAGCUGGACUUUGCAUGUUAGAGUGAGCCCCCAAACCCCUUGCCCGCCACCCCUCUCCCCAGGGCCCCGCCCCUCUCUCCCACCCCCUUGUCAGCCAGCCUUGCUGUUCCCUGCAGAGAAAAGAAUUGUGGGCAACUCCAGGACUCUUCCCACCCAUUCCCCAGCGCUUGCCUGCUGGGGCUGCCUGCAUGCCUCCCCCAGAGCCGGGGGUACCUCACACCCUUUCCCUUCCCCCUUUUAACAAAAGAGAAGAAAAGAGUUCAAACUACCACCAGGCUUUGUGGUCUUGCCUCGUAUCCUAAGCUUUGCUGCCAGCUGGCUCCAUGUGGAGAGGCAGGGCACUGACAGAGCCCAGACCCCACCCCCACCCCCCCAGUCCUGCCUGGCUCCACACUGCUGCUGUCUCUUGCUGUCUUUUCAACCAUAACGUGGCUCUGGAAUCUUCCUGCCCAUCCAAGGUUCUUCCCAGGAAGUUCAUUUCUGGCCAGUGUUCCCAGAAUCCCAGCCCUCCUGCCCAUCCUUCCCUUGUCCGGCUGGACUGAUCCUGACCUCCAGGGCUAACGACUCCUUCCAGUCUGCUUGGGUUUCACAUAAGGACCUUUUUUUGUGUGUCUUUAGGGCCCCAAUGGCUGGCUGCAGGCUGCAGGCUGCAGGCUGGACACUCCAAGCCCAACCUCCAGCAAACAUGCCUGGUAGGGCAGGGCCCUCCCCUGGGGAGCCGCAGACCACAGCGCCCGUGGUCAGAUAGCAGGCUUCUGCGCAGAGCCAGUGGGGGCUCGUGACAGGAACAGGACAAGCCCAGGGCAGAGUCCAACCUGCAACUCAGACCUUUUGUCACUAAGGAGACCAGCAAACCAGGGAGAGCAGAUGGGAUCCCGGGCUGCUCCUGAGCUGGGCUGGGACAGACACCUGCUCUCACCCCAAGGGAGAAGCCAGGGAUGCCCCAGUCUGUCCCCUCCCCCUCCCCCCACAGCUGCCCACGCUGGGGGAUACGGUUCCCAGGGCAGCCUCAGCCUUGCACCCCUUGUGAGGGACUGGGCUUUGGGGAAGGAGGGAGGCCACGGUCUCUGCCCAAUCCUCAGUAGAGGCAGAUUUCACUCCCUAACCUAGGAUGGCCCACCUGGCGCCCAGCCCCUCAGGUGCCCCCUUCUGCGGAUGAUGACUGGGUUGGAGAGUGUCUUCUGUUGCAGAAGGUCUCCUGUUUGAUGUCUCUGCACUCCUCACCGCAGUCCUGCCCUUGCGCCCAGGGAUGAGGAUGCUCCUGUGCUGGUGUCGCCACUGCUGCUCCCUGGCCUCCCCAGCUUUGUCUCCACCCUGCUGGACCCUGGACAGGCUCCUGGUUGACUGUACCCUCUGGGUGUCACUGAAGACUGACCACUGGGCCCCCGCCCAAGCUGUUGCUUAGGUCUUGGAGUUGUGUCCUCAUCUUGAAACCCACCCUUCUAAGGGCCUUCCUCUUGAAGUCCAGAGGCGGGGCACAGCUGUUUCUGGGGUGCAUGUGGGGAGGGUAGGGAGGGGCGGGAUGGAUAAGAGUGAGGACAUCUUGGGCCCUCCUGAAUCUUCGCUACUGCUGCUGCUCCGUUCUUUUUGAUGAGGGAAAAUUCUCAGAUAACUGCCACACCCCCCUCAAGUGGUGGGAGAAAUGCAGAGACAAGUAUGUGUUUAUGGGUUACCUGCUGCGGAGGGGUGAGUGCGCCUGGGCUGCCCCAGGGAAUGAUGACUGUGUCAGAGGCACCAGAGAGCCAGGGUUCCAUCUAGAAUUUGCACUCCUGGAAACAUAGGCUCUACCCUGGGCGGCUACACAGUCUGGUCCCCAGACCAGCAGCACCACCUGGGAGCUUGUUAGAGGUGCAGGACCUCGAGCUCCACGUUGAGAAAUGUUCCUCCACGACAUCUACUCAGUGCUGAUCUAUUGGAGGUGAGGUGCAUUUUUCUGUUCCUGGGGGACUGCCAUGGGCUGUGCCUGGAGGUCGCAGGUGGUCACCUCAGGCCAGAAAGGACUGGGAGUUCCUGUAGGCCGUGGCUUUCCAACCUGGGCACUGUGGACAUUUGGGGCUGGCUCACUGUCUGCUGGGGGUGUCUUGUGCCCUGUGGGAUAUUGACCAGCAUUUUGGCCCCUACCCGCUAGACACCAGCAGCAUCUCCCAGUUGUGACAACCAAAAACGUCUGUAGACAUGGCAGAAUGUCUCCUAGACCUGUGGUUCCCAUGGUUGGCUGCACAGUAGAGCCUCCUGGGAGCUCCGUAAAAAGACAAACCAUAGACUCCCAGACCCCACGGCAUCAGAGUCUCGGGGGGGAAGGCUCGACGGUAUAAUUUUAAACGUUCCCCAGGCUAUUGGUUGAUCGGCUUGGGAAUAAAAAUUACUUAAUCGUA